CACGUCCUGCCCCGCCGGAAGUAGAGGCCACGGGCUCUGAGCGGGUGAGGCGCGCGGAAACACCGGCGACGGGAUUCGGAUGGGGGCGGGUGGGGGACGCCGCAGCUGGGGCCAUUUGAGAGGAGCCCAUGGGGCCUGAAGGGCAUCUGUCAGGCGCCCCUACCCGGAUGGCAACAGUAGUUCUAGGGGGAGACACCAUGGGCCCUGAGCGUAUCUUCCCCAAUCAGACUGAGGAACUGGGACCACAUCAGGGCCCUUCAGAAGGCACUGGGGAUUGGAGCAGUGAGGAGCCUGAGGAAGAGCAGGAGGAAACGGGGUCGGGCCCAGCUGGCUACUCCUACCAGCCCCUGAACCAAGAUCCUGAACCAGAGGAGGUGGAACUGGCACCAGUGGGGGAUGGAGAUGUAGUUGCUGACAUCCAGGAUCGAAUCCAGGCCCUGGGGCUUCAUUUGCCAGACCCACCAUUAGAGAGUGAAGAUGAAGAUGAGGAGGGAGCUACAGCGUUGAACAACCACAGCUCUAUUCCCAUGGACCCAGAACAUGUAGAGCUGGUGAAAAGGACGAUGGCUGGAGUAAGCCUGCCUGCGCCAGGGGUUCCUGCCUGGGCUCGGGAGAUAUCGGAUGCCCAGUGGGAAGAUGUGGUACAGAAAGCCCUCCAAGCCCGGCAGGCAUCCCCUGCUUGGAAGUGACCACAGUGAGAGCUGCCUUAUCUUCCUACAUUCCAGGCCAGAACCAGCACAGGACUGAACACAUCCCUGGUUGUAACGUCCAUUUCCAUCUUCCCCAUCUCCCUUUCCACAUCAAGGCACAUCAGACUUCUCAGAGACCCACUUUAUUCAGUUCUGUACAUAUGGGGACAUCGGCCCAAGCCCAACCCACCUUAGCAUGUAUCACUCUGUGGAGAAUAAAGCACCCUAUGUACACAGCCAAAA